AUGAGUUUUCUUGCAGGAAGGUUAGCCGGGAAAGAAGCAGCAUAUUUUUUCCAGGAAUCCAAACAAGCCGUAGGAAAAUUAGCCCAAAAAAACCCUCUUCCUAAGACCGACAACAACCUGAACUUCCACGAAGAACAUGAUCAUGCGGAUGUGCUUCCCGAGGUUCUAAGACACUAUCUUCCUUCCAAAGUGUUCAGAAAUGAUGUAGCUACCUCUUCUUCCUUCUCUGCUUCCAAAUGGGUCCUUCCUUCCGACCCCCAACUCCGAUCUUCGGUAUCCCCCGAUGCUCUCAAUCCUCUACGUGCUUACCUUUCCCUGCCCCAAGUCACUUUUGGCCCCAAAAGGUGGCAACUGCCUGAAGCAGCAAACACAGUUUCAGCCUCAACAGCUAAUGAAUUGCGUCCAGAUAGAUAUGCCACUCAUGUUAACCCGGAGAAGUUGAAAGCUGCUGGUGAAGGGCUUGCACAUGUUGGAAAGGCUUUUGCUGUUGCCACUGCAUUUGUAUUUGGUGGUGCUGCAUUGGUGUUUGGUAUGGUGGCCUCCAAGUUAGAGCUGCAUAAUAUUAGUGACAUCAAAACUAAGGGAAAAGACUACGUUGAGCCAGAACUUGAGAAUAUCAAAGAGCAAUUUGCUCCCUUCAAAAUAUGGGCUGAGAAUAUGUCAAGAAAGUGGCAUAUGGAAAGGGGAGAUGUUAAGCAGAAGACUAUCGUAAAGGAGCUAUCUAAAAUUUGGGGUAAAAAAACAACAGAUUGA